AUGGUGUUAUCGAAACGGUGGAAGUUUCUUUGGAUGUUAGUGCCAAGACUUCGAUACGACCGCGAUGAAUAUCAAGUUGGUGCAUGUGAAUCCAUGAGAUUCAGGCGGUUGAUUCACACUUCUUUGGUUUUGCACAAGGUUCCGGUCAUAGAAAGUUUGAAUAUCUCAAUUAGUCCAAUGAGUGAUGCUUAUGAAGAUAUUCAAGUGUGCGUUGGAACCGCUAUUGAACGCGGUGUGCGUGAGCUAUGUAUCCAUACCGAAAUUUGUUCUACCGGGUUUCUAAUAGAUGCUCCUUCGUUGGAGCUCUUGGAGAUUAAUAAACACAUGGGUGGGUUUUGUCGCAUUGAGCAUAAUAUGCCUAAGAUUGAAGCUGCAAAUGUUUAUGUUACUUGUAGUGAUACCGAGCAGAUUCUUUCGUCUCUUACUUCAGUCGAGCAACUUAGAUUAUGUUUAGCGACAUCAAAGGUAACCAAGUCUUAG